UCUCAGUUGCGCUUAGAGCGCACCGGCGUGUAGAUCAGGGGAAGGGAAAGGGCUAGCCGGUGGUCGAAGUAGUUAGUUUAUAAACGUAUAUAAAUAGGCACAUUGGGUAGUAAGGAACAGCGGUGAGUGGGAAACCGCCAUCGGACGCGUUCCGGCCACCUGUGGGUGCCAGGAGAGAGUCUUGGUGGCGUUUCAGAGCUGUUCCCUCUCUGUAAGCGGCGUGCCGGGGGAGGACGCGUCUCUUUGAAUAGGCAGGAUGCACGGACCGCCCACCAGCGACAGCGCAUGCCCACUGCGCCUCAUCAAGAGAGUUCAGUUCGGCAUCAUCAGCCCAGAUGAGCUUAAACGGAUGUCGGUCACUGAAGGGGGAAUCAAGUACCCUGAAACCACAGAGGGUGGACGUCCAAAGCUGGGAGGUCUCAUGGACCCCCGGCAGGGCGUCAUCGAGCGGUCGGGCAGGUGCCAGACGUGUGCAGGUAACAUGACUGAAUGCCCCGGCCACUUCGGACACAUCGAACUGGCAAAGCCAGUCUUUCAUGUCGGCUUCGUAACAAAGAUCAUGAAAGUUCUGCGCUGCGUCUGUUUCUUCUGCUCCAAACUGCUGGUGGAUGCGAAUAACCCAAAGAUCAAAGACAUCCUGUCGAAGUCGAAGGGGCAGCCGAGGAAGCGUCUGACUCACGUGUACGACCUCUGUAAAGGCAAGAACAUCUGCGAGGGAGGAGAGGAGAUGGACAACAAGUUCGGUGUUGAGCAGCCGGAGAACGACGAGGACCUCACCAAGGAGAAGGGUCACGGUGGCUGUGGGCGGUACCAGCCUCGUAUCCGGCGCUCUGGUCUGGAGCUGUACGCCGAGUGGAAGCACGUUAAUGAAGAUUCCCAGGAGAAGAAGAUCCUCCUCAGCCCCGAACGCGUCCACGAGAUUUUCAAACGCAUCUCUGACGAGGAGGACCUCAUCCUGGGCAUGGACCCCAAAUACGCUCGGCCGGAGUGGAUGAUCGUCACUGUGCUGCCUGUGCCCCCCCUCGCUGUCCGACCUGCUGUGGUCAUGCAGGGCUCUGCUAGAAACCAGGAUGACUUGACGCACAAGCUAGCGGACAUCGUCAAAAUUAAUAACCAGCUCAGACGGAAUGAGCAGAGCGGAGCUGCUGCUCACGUUAUAGCUGAGGACGUCAAGCUUCUGCAGUUCCAUGUGGCCACCAUGGUGGACAACGAGCUGCCUGGCUUACCUAGAGCCAUGCAAAAAUCAGGGCGUCCACUCAAAUCCAUCAAGCAGAGGCUGAAGGGUAAAGAAGGCAGAGUGCGAGGUAACUUGAUGGGAAAACGUGUGGACUUUUCUGCACGAACUGUCAUCACGCCCGACCCCAACCUGCAGAUCGACCAGGUGGGCGUCCCUCGCUCCAUCGCUGCCAACAUGACCUUCCCUGAGAUCGUCACACCUUUUAAUAUCGACAGACUCCAGGAACUUGUGAGGAGAGGUAACAGUCAGUAUCCAGGAGCCAAAUACAUCAUCCGUGAUAAUGGAGACCGAAUUGACCUUCGAUUCCACCCCAAACCAAGCGACCUUCACCUUCAGAUUGGAUAUAAGGUGGAAAGGCAUAUGUGUGACGGUGAUAUCGUCAUCUUCAACAGACAGCCCACCCUGCACAAAAUGUCUAUGAUGGGUCACAGGGUGCGAAUCCUGCCGUGGUCUACAUUCCGACUCAACCUCAGUGUCACAACCCCCUACAAUGCUGACUUUGAUGGUGAUGAGAUGAACCUGCACUUGCCCCAGUCGCUGGAGACCCGUGCUGAGAUCCAGGAGCUGGCUAUGGUGCCUCGUAUGAUCGUCACACCCCAGUCCAACAGACCAGUCAUGGGUAUUGUGCAGGACACUCUCACCGCGGUCCGCAAGUUCACAAAGAGAGACGUCUUCUUAGAGAGGGGGGAAGUGAUGAAUCUCCUGAUGUUCCUCUCCACCUGGGACGGAAAAGUGCCACAACCAGCCAUCCAUAAGCCUCGGCCGCUGUGGACUGGCAAGCAGAUCUUCAGCUUGAUCAUCCCAGGCCAUAUCAACGUCAUCCGAACGCACAGCACACAUCCGGACGAUGAGGACAGCGGCCCGUACAAGCACAUCUCUCCAGGAGACACCAAGGUGAUUGUGGAGAAUGGAGAGCUGAUCAUGGGGAUCCUCUGUAAGAAGUCACUGGGUACUUCUGCUGGAUCCCUUGUCCACAUCUCUUACCUGGAGAUGGGCCAUGACAUCACCCGUCUGUUCUACUCCAACAUUCAGACUGUCGUCAACAACUGGUUGCUGAUUGAGGGUCACUCCAUUGGUAUUGGUGACUCCAUUGCUGAUGCAAAGACAUAUCUUGACAUUCAGAACACUAUCAAAAAGGCCAAGCAGGAUGUGAUAGAGGUCAUUGAGAAAGCCCACAACAAUGAACUGGAGCCCACUCCAGGUAACACCCUGAGACAGACCUUUGAGAACCAGGUGAAUCGUAUUCUGAACGACGCUCGAGACAAAACUGGAUCUUCUGCACAGAAGUCCCUGUCCGAGUACAACAACUUCAAAUCCAUGGUGGUGGCUGGAUCCAAAGGAUCUAAAAUUAACAUCUCUCAGGUUAUUGCCGUGGUGGGGCAGCAGAACGUUGAGGGUAAGCGUAUCCCUUUCGGCUUUAAGCACCGGACUCUUCCUCACUUCAUCAAAGACGACUACGGUCCUGAGAGCAGAGGGUUUGUGGAGAACUCUUACCUGGCCGGACUCACACCUACUGAGUUUUUCUUCCACGCCAUGGGAGGAAGAGAGGGUCUCAUUGACACAGCUGUGAAAACUGCUGAGACAGGUUACAUUCAGCGCCGUCUGAUCAAAUCUAUGGAGUCCAUCAUGGUGAAGUACGACGCCACAGUGAGAAACUCCAUUAACCAGGUGGUGCAGCUGAGAUACGGAGAGGACGGGCUGGCGGGAGAGGCUGUGGAAUUCCAGAACAUGGCAACCCUCAAACCCUCAAACAAAGCCUUCGAGAAGAAGUUCAAGUUUGAAUACACCAACGAGCGAGCUCUGCGGCGCACCCUGCAGGAGGACGUGCUGAAGGACGUGAUGACCAAUGCACACGUGCAGAGUUCGCUGGAGAGGGAGUUUGAGAAAAUGAGGGAAGACCGAGAGAUUUUGAGAGCCAUUUUCCCAACUGGAGACAGCAAGGUGGUGCUGCCCUGUAAUCUGGCCAGAAUGAUCUGGAACGCCCAAAAGAUCUUCCGCAUAAACCCCAGAACUCCAACUGAUCUCAACCCUUUGAGGGUAGUGGAAGGUGUACAGGAGCUGAGUAAGAAGUUGGUGAUUGUGAACGGUGAUGACCCGUUGAGUAAGCAGGCCCAGCAGAACGCCACGCUGCUCUUUAACAUCCACCUGCGCUCCACACUCUGCUCCCGACGCAUGACUGAGGAGUUCCGCCUCAGCACAGAGGCCUUCGAGUGGCUGCUGGGAGAGAUCGAGGCCAAAUUCAACCAGUCUAUCGCUCACCCAGGAGAGAUGGUGGGCGCCCUGGCUGCUCAGUCUCUCGGAGAACCCGCCACACAGAUGACCCUGAACACCUUCCACUACGCCGGUGUGUCCGCCAAGAACGUCACGCUGGGUGUACCUCGACUCAAGGAGCUGAUCAACAUCUCCAAACGCCCCAAAACUCCUUCCCUCACCGUGUUCCUGCUGGGCCAGGCGGCUCGCGACGCCGAGCGAGCCAAAGACAUCCUGUGUCGCCUGGAGCACACAACCCUGCGCAAGGUCACCGCCAACACCGCCAUCUACUACGACCCCAACCCGCAGAACACCGUGGUGGCAGAGGAUCAGGAGUGGGUGAACGUUUACUAUGAGAUGCCCGACUUCGACGUGACCCGAAUCUCCCCCUGGCUGCUGCGUAUCGAGCUGGACCGCAAACACAUGACCGACCGCAAGCUGACCAUGGAGCAGAUCGCCGAGAAGAUCAAUGCAGGAUUCGGUGACGACCUGAACUGUAUCUUCAAUGACGAUAACGCUGAGAAACUGGUGCUGCGAAUCAGAAUCAUGAACAGUGAUGAAAACAAGUUCCAGGAGGAUGAGGAGGUGGUGGAUAAGAUGGACGACGACGUGUUUUUGAGAUGCAUUGAGUCAAACAUGCUGACGGACAUGACUCUACAGGGCAUUGAACAAAUCAGCAAGGUGUACAUGCAUCUUCCUCAAACCGACAACAAGAAAAAGAUCAUAAUCACGGAGGACGGAGAGUUUAAAGCCCUGCAGGAGUGGAUUCUGGAGACGGACGGCGUCAGUCUCAUGAGGGUCCUCAGCGAAAAGGACGUGGACCCCGUCAGAACCACAUCCAACGACAUCGUGGAGAUCUUUACUGUGCUGGGUAUCGAGGCGGUGCGCAAGGCUCUGGAGAGAGAGUUGUACCAUGUGAUCUCCUUUGACGGUUCAUAUGUCAACUACCGUCACCUUGCCCUGCUUUGUGACACGAUGACCUGCAGAGGUCACUUGAUGGCCAUCACUCGCCACGGUAUCAACAGACAAGACACAGGACCGCUCAUGAAGUGCUCUUUUGAAGAGACGGUGGAUGUGUUGAUGGAAGCCUCGUCCCAUGGCGAGUGUGAUCCAAUGAAGGGAGUGUCUGAAAACAUCAUGUUGGGUCAGUUGGCUCCUGCUGGCACCGGCUGUUUUGACCUGCUGCUGGAUGCAGAGAAAUGCAAAUACGGCAUGGAGAUUCCCACCAACAUCCCUGGCAUCAGUGUGGCUGGACCAACCGGAAUGUUCUUCGGCUCCGCCCCCAGCCCAAUGAGUGGCAUGUCUCCGGCCAUGACCCCCUGGAACACCGGAGCUACCCCAGCUUACGGUGCCUGGUCCCCCAGCGUGGGCAGUGGAAUGACUCCUGGAGCUGCAGGCUUUUCACCCAGCGCUGCUUCCGAUGCCAGUGGCUUCUCUCCAGGCUACUCUCCUGCCUGGUCUCCUACCCCUGGCUCUCCUGGGUCUCCUGGACCAGCCAGCCCUUACAUUCCCUCUCCAGGUGGUGCCAUGUCUCCAAAUUACUCGCCUACAUCUCCAGCUUAUGAGCCACGCUCCCCUGGAGGCUACACCCCCCAGAGCCCCGGCUAUUCCCCAACAUCUCCAUCCUAUUCUCCAACCUCUCCUUCAUACUCUCCAACCAGCCCCAACUACAGCCCAACGUCUCCAUCCUAUUCUCCUACUUCACCUUCAUACUCCCCGACUUCUCCAUCUUACUCCCCGACGUCUCCAAGCUAUUCACCGACCUCACCUUCCUAUUCUCCGACGUCUCCAUCUUAUUCUCCAACUUCUCCGAGCUAUUCGCCGACUUCGCCGAGCUACAGCCCGACUUCUCCCAGUUAUAGCCCGACGUCUCCGAGCUACAGCCCUACUUCACCUUCUUAUUCCCCGACUUCACCUUCUUAUUCACCGACUUCUCCAUCCUAUUCGCCGACUUCUCCAUCCUAUUCUCCCACCUCUCCCUCUUACUCGCCGACGUCACCGAGCUACAGCCCGACUUCGCCCAACUACACCCCGACCUCGCCCAGUUAUUCCCCAACGUCUCCAUCGUACAGCCCGACUUCGCCUUCCUACUCGCCCACGUCACCAAACUACACACCCACCAGCCCCAACUAUUCUCCAACCUCUCCAUCCUACUCCCCGACCUCUCCGUCCUACUCUCCAUCCAGCCCACGCUACACCCCUCAAUCGCCCACCUACACCCCAAGCUCGCCCUCCUACAGCCCGAGCUCGCCGUCGUACUCCCCAACGUCUCCAAAGUACACGCCCACCUCUCCGUCCUACAGCCCCAGCUCUCCGGAGUACACGCCCACUUCGCCCAAGUAUUCACCAACUUCGCCCAAGUAUUCACCGACUUCGCCCAAAUACAGCCCAACCUCUCCAACGUACUCCCCAACUACACCCAAGUACAGCCCAACUUCUCCAACCUAUUCUCCAACUUCUCCAACCUACACGCCCACCAGCCCCAAAUACUCGCCCACCUCUCCAACGUACUCGCCCACUUCGCCUAAAUACUCGCCUACGUCGCCCACCUACUCACCGACCAGCCCUAAAGGCUCCACCUACAGCCCCACCUCACCUGGAUACAGCCCCACCUCUCCAACCUACAGCCCGGCCAUCAGCCCUGAUGACAGCGACGAGGAGAACAACUGAGAUAAUUAUGAUUAUCAUUAUGAUUAUUAUGAUAACUGAAGCUGAUUGGGUGAGAGGAAGAGCUGGGAUGAGUACUUGUGCUUUUCUGACUGACCCUUUCUUGACUCUGAGUGGGGAAAUAAUUGAUCGAAGAAUUGAUGGAAGUAUUGAUGAGUAUGGGCGAUGGAUUGGGGCAUUACCAUCGCCGUGGUUGUCAUCAUCUUUGGGACUCAGUAGAGACGAGAGAUCGAGAAAAGGAAGAAACGAAGGAAUCUGCGGUCCUACAUGUGGAAAAGAAAAAGCGAAAUAUUCUCUUUUUUUUUUUUUUUUUUUGAAGUCUUUCUGUUCUUUUUGGACCUGUGGGACAAAACAUAACAAAAAAAACAAUCUUCUUCUUCUUCUUAUGCAGCCUUUGCAGACAGGCUCCAUAUUUACUACUAUGUUAUGCCAUAGAGUUGAACGUCUUUUUAGAAAUGACUGCCUUUGACUAGACUUCUUCUGAUUUUUUUUUUUUGUAUUUUAUUUGCUUUAAGUUUUGUGGGCGAAUUUGCAGAAUUGCAGAAUUGCGAAAAAUUGCAAAAAGUCGUUUUUAUACAAACUCUCCCAACAAAUUGAAGGUAGAGCAGGAAGAGGGGGGAGGAGGAAGACUUGAGUGGUUUAUAUAAUAUAUAUACACCAACACGUAUAGAUGAUAUACAUAUAUCCACACACACACCCCUCCUCUCAGUCCUGCUGUGUGAAUUCAGUGUUUUAUUGAUUGAUCGGUUGAUUGAUUGAUUGGAUGGACGUACCAAUUGAUUGAUUGAUUGAUUGAUGGAUGUAUGUUAAGGAAAUCAAAGCAGAAAGUAUUCCAAAAAUAAAAAAAGCCUUUAGAAGGAAAGCAGUGGGUCAAAUCUGCAGGUGGAAUCUUUGAAAAUCACUGUGUUUGACUUUAUAAAAGUGAGGCAGGCGGACAGAUCAUAUGACGUGAUGUUUUGCUGAAACUGAAACGUGUCUAACGUUGGAUUUGUUUGUACUUUUUUGUUUUUUUGCUUUGUAAAUAUGUGCUGUUUCAGUUUAUCCUGUUUAUUAAUAUUAUUAUUAUUAUUAUUAUUAUAUGUGAAUGGAAUCUGAAAGCUGAAACUUUAAUGAUUCUGAUGUUAAUAGUAGGUUUGAAUUCGUAAAAUGUUCAGUUUGGAAAGAUCCAUUUGUUAAAGUUCUUUAUAAGACAUAUAAAAAGAAUUUUAAAAGUGGGACUGACAUUAUGCAGAUUUCUAUUUCUGUACUGUAAACUGGCUUAAUGGCUUAUUGGCAUGACGGAGAUGUUUUAGCCCCUCCUAAUCCCAAAUUUAUCUGAGGUUAUUUCCAAAAAUACACAUCUUACACUUCAUUUAAAGAUAUAGGUCUUUAUCUGCCUGUCUAUCUUUCACCAGCAUAUUCCUGGCAGUGUACAACCAAUCACAAUUCUAAAUAUUUAACCUCAAAUUAAAACAGAAAAAAAAAAUGACGUGCGUUUCUCUGACAUUUUUUUAGUUUGAGUUUGAAGUUCUGAAGAGAGUGAGAAAGACUAUUGGUAGUUUAUUAUUUUAGAUAUAUUUUGAUUUAGUUUGUCUUUUUUUUUAUUUUAGUAAGGAAUGAGAUCUAUGGAGGAGGAGGAGGCGGGGCAUGGGUACACUGGUUUGCACACUGUACCUGGUUAAUGUAAUGUUUUCUUUAUAUGGUAAUGCAUUUCUCUCUAUAUUUAGAACUAUAUUUGAACAUUCUUGGUCCUGGUCUCAGUCUGAAUCUCUUCGUUUUGUUGCUAGCAUAUGUACAAAUUCCACAGUUUUUACAAUUUCUACAGUUAAUUCUUUCCUCUAGUCGUUAUUUUAAGGAGAUCUCUGGUGUAAAAUUGACUUUUAAUGUAGUAAAACAUGAUAGAUUAUUAACCUUUUAUUGAAUAGCACACCUCCGCUCUCCCGCAGCUUUCCAAGAUCCAUGAUUUUGCACUUUUUGCCCAGAACUCUUUACAAAAAUUGCUUUUUACACCGUUAUACAGCUCAAAGUAGCUCCACACUUCAUUGGUAGAAUCUGGAGAGCCCUGACAUUUAAAAUGAGGCAUAACUAACUUUAAAAGUGCACAAGAAGCUUAUUAAAAACCAUAAUCUUAAUAGUCACGAUCAGUAAAGUGAUAUCUGGAGAUUUGGCUAUAUUUUGGGUUGUAAAUUGAGGUUUUUAAUAAGCUUCUUGUGCACUUUUAAAGCUAUAAAAGCCUUGUUUUAAAAGUCAGGGCUCUCUGGAUUCUACCAAUAAGGUGUGGAGCUACUUUUUACACUAUUAUCUAGGGUUAAAGUGAUUUAUCAGGGGCAAAAUAUGCACAGAAGUGCUUGUUGAAAACAGUUCUGGGCAAAAAGCACAAAAUUACUGGAUCUCAGAAAGCUGCUGGUGAGCAGCGGUGAGCUAUUCAACAAAGGUAAGUACUCUUUCAUGUUUUAUUACAACAAAAUUAAUCAAUUUUUACACCAGAGUUCUUUAAGCAAAAAGCAGGAGUUUAAUGUUCU